AUGGAGAGGGCCUCCCAGAAAAGCAAAACUGGGGACGUUCUGAUUAGUGUUGGCUACGCCAAUGUAUUAGGAUAUACUCUUCGAGAAUUUUUAAAGCUUUUGCAACAUAUCACCAUAGGAACAGUGCUACAAAUCAAAGUUUAUCGAGAUUUUAUCGACAUACCCCAAGAAUGGCAAGAAAUAUACAAUUUGAUCCCAGAAGCCAAAUCUCCAGAACAACACACACCAAAGAAACCUGAGCAGGAAAAACACAAUUCUUCUGCAAGUAGUGAUGACAAUGAAGAUGUAGUUUUAGAUAAGAGAUUUAGGUACUAUAGAUAUCCAUGGUCAGUUUGGCAUCACGCUGCAAGGAGACCACUAUCUAUCUCCAGAGAAUGGCACGGAUAUAAAAAGAAGAGUCAAGCGAUUAGUGUUGGGAAAGAUAUCAACAGUGACGUGAUGGUGCACAGAGAUCAACAGAGGGAAGCUAGAGCUCCAUCUCCAUACUGGACAAUGGUAAAGCAUGACAGAGAGAGCUCUUCCUCAGCCUCCUCUACCUCAGAUGCCUUUUGGUUGGAGGACUAUGCCCAAGUGGAGAAGGGCAAGGGGUAACCAGUAUCAAAGGUUGGUCAGGAGACAGUUUGCGAGUAUGGUCUUAAGAGCAUCUGUUCUGGAAAUCCUCUUGUUUUGUGUCUUGUAACAGGUUUGCAAAAAUUUUUAUAGCUAUGUGUCUAGACUGACCAAAAGUCCCUCCCUCGACUGCACCUUGGAGGCCUUCUUUAAUAUGACAGUUAAAAGAUGGCCUGAAGUUUCAUAGGCUUCACAAAUCUCAAACAGCAACGCCAAGAGGGUCAUCAAGACCCUCUUUUCUAAGAAGAAUUUACUAUCAUCUUUUAGAAAAU